GAAGACUUCCAGAGAAUGCCUGUGGUGACCCAUCUGAUGGACAACCCCAGGAUGGAGCCCCUGGGGAGCAGCCACAUCCUUGGCCUGCUCCUUUGUGCUUUCCACGUGCCUUUGGUGGCUUCCCUUGCAGGCGUUACCAUCCCGGCAGAGCUCUGGUCCAUCACGGCCCCGGUGGUGGUGAGCACCACGCUGUGCAGCGUCACCUGCGGGCUGGGCUUCAGGCUGGAGGAGCUGUGUGAGCUGAGCCCGGCCGGCCAGAGGCAGAACUGCACCGUGCGCCGCAGCGCCUGCCUCACCAGCUGGCACUGUGGCCUGCACCACUUCACCCUCCCAGUGGGCCAGCCCUUCCAGCUGAGCUGCCUGACCUCCGGCCCCACGGGCAAUGGGAGCCAAGCCUACAGCUACACGUGGAGGUUUGCCCCAGGGCUCAUCACCACCAAGGACGUCCUCUUCAGACCCUUCAGAAACCCCAGGCCUGUUGUCAGGUUUUCCCCUACCAAGGAGUCGGACGCAGGGACGUACCGGUGCGAAGUGCAGGUGGUAAAGACGUUCAGAGUGGUCAAGAGGAUCUACUUUGCAGUCAGAGUGAUCCACAAGGACCUGGUGGAUCUGAACUUCCAAAAAUUCCUGACUCGGGAGCAGAAGUUAGCAGCAAACAAGGUGGAAGAGAACCUAGAAACCGGCAUCUAUGAAGUGCGAGAAGAGGAGCCCUUUUGGAAAGGGGAAUUGUUUUAUCAGUGCUUGGUAGGAAUUGGCAGUGGGGUGGUAGGGGGAAUCUUGCUGAGCGUGGUGCUCCACUGCAUGCAGAGGAUUUGGAGAGGGAGAGCUGCAGAGCAACGAGCUGAGAUUUAAUGUCA